AUGUCUCAAUCUCAGCACCAGUCCAAAGAACAGCAGAUCGCCGAUGCCCAGGCGAACCUACCGCUGCCCGAGCAGCCUCCCAAGGCAUCAGACUGGAACUCUGCAGACAUGCGCACCACGGGCGUGGGAUCAGGGCGCAUCAGCGGCAACGCGGGCACAGAUGCGGGAGCUGAGGCGGGGCUGAGGGGCCCGGCAGUGAAGGCCAGCGAGGAGGAGGGGUCUCGUAGCGGGGUGAAGAAGCACCCUGAUAGCAAUGCGUUGUCUCUCAUUGGCCGCCUUGCAGCUCUCUCCUCUGAAAUUUUAAAUCCUGCCCAACCCAUCGUCAACAUCCUCCCCACGCCCAUUGCAAUUCUCUCCUCAAGAGCUUCACACUUUUGCCACCAAAAGACGGUCUCCCAGUUUAUGUUCCGUCGAAUCCUGACCAAAAUGGCCGAAUCAGCUCCCAAGCGCCUCAAGACCGACAGCAGCGUCCUCGUCGGCACGCACAGCGGCCACUUCCACGCCGACGAGGCCCUCGCCGUGCACAUGCUGCGCAUGCUGCCCGCCUACCGCGACAGCCGCCUGGUGCGCACGCGCGACCCCAAGACGCUCGAGACGUGCCACACCGUCGUCGACGUCGGCGGCGAGUACGACGCCCAGCGCAACCGCUACGACCACCACCAGCGCGGCUUCGACACCACCUUUCCCGGCAAGAACACCAAGCUGUCGAGCGCGGGGCUGGUCUACAUGCACUUUGGCCGCGACCUGAUUGCCCAGAGCAUCCAGCAGGCGGCCGACAAUAGCACUGCUGCUGACUCCAGCGCCGACGUCGAGCUGCUGUACAACAAAAUCUACGAAAACUUCAUCGAGGCCGUCGACGCCCACGACAACGGCAUCUCGCGCUACGACCGGGACGCCCUCCAGGCCGCCGGCAUCGAGCAGCGCUUCAGCACCGGCGGCUUCACCCUCGGCGCCAUGGUCGGCCGCCUGAACCCCAACUGGAACGACCCCAAGCCCGCCGACGCCGACGAGGCCCAGCAGGCCGAGGACCAGCUCUUCCUGACGGCCAGCCGCCGCAUCGGCGAGGAGUUUGAGCGCACCCUCGACUUCAUGACAAAGGCCUGGCUGCCCGCCCGCACCAUUGUCCAGCAGGCCUUUGACCAGCGCGCCAAGCACGACCCGGAGGGCCGCAUCCUCGUCAUCGAGGGUCAGAGCGUGCCCUGGAAGGAGCACCUGUAUGCUCUCGAGGGCGAGGGCAACCCUUCGGUGCUGUACGUGCUCUACGCCGAGAGCACCAACCCCGGUGCCAAGUGGAGGAUCCAGUGCGUGCCCGAGACGCAAGACUCCUUCACCAGCCGGAAGCCAUUGCCCGAGGCGUGGAGGGGAUUCCGUGACGCCGAGCUGGAUGGCGUUUGCGGAGUCGAUGGCUGCGUCUUCGUCCAUGCGGCGGGCUUCAUUGGCGGUAACAAGACGUUCGAGGGCGCCAUGGAGAUGGCUACCAAGGCAUUGGCAUUGUAA